GCCGCCCCCUAAAGACGCGUGAUUGCGAAGUGCUCGGUAACGCGCUUAUGUGAGGCGCGCCCCCGUGCGCAGUGUCGGCUUGUAGGUGCCGCGCUCGGCUGUGUCAGUUCUCGCUCUCGGGAGCAGUGUGCUAUACACCGCGGCUAUAGAGGAGACACAGAAAGAGAGAGUGGUACAGCGGACACCUUCCACCCCCCGAACCCCGGACAUGCAGCCGCCCCCGCCCAGGCUGAGGAGCAGCAGGAGGAGGAGAUGAGGCUCCGCAAUGGCACUUUCCUGACUCUGCUCGCCUUCUGCUUCUGCAUCUUCCUCUCUCUAUCCUGGUACACGGCUUUCAGCGGGCAGAAAGGAGAUGUGGUGGAUGUAUAUCAGAGGGAGUUCCUGGCCCUCAGGGAUCGUCUUCAUGCUGCUGAACAGGAGAACCUAAAGCGCUCCAAGGAACUGAACCUGGUCCUGGAUGAAAUAAAGAGGGCCAUAUCCGAAAAACAAGCCUUACGAGACAUCAACCGCACAUGGAGCAGCUUAUCUGAUGAAACCAAGUUGAAACUGUGGAACAUCACAAACAAGAAUGUAUUACAUCUACCGACCAUUUUCCAUCACCUUCCCCACCUGCUAUCAAAGGAGAACAGCUUGCAGCCAGCAAUACACGUGGGUCAAGGUCGUACGGGAGUAUCUAUAGUAAUGGGGAUCCCCAGUGUGAAGAGGGAGGUGCACUCCUACCUGACAGACACCCUCAACUCCUUGAUAUCUGAGCUCAACCAGCAGGAGAAGGAAGACUGUGUGAUUGUGGUGCUGAUAGCAGAGACUGAUGCACAGUACGCGACUUCUGUGGCUGAAAACAUAAAAAGCAUAUUUCCAAAUGAAAUACAAUCAGGCCUUCUAGAAGUUAUAUCCCCAUCGCCCAACUUCUACCCAGAUUUUUCACGCCUGCGAGAAUCUUUUGGAGACCCCAGGGAGCGAGUCAGGUGGAGGACAAAACAGAAUCUAGAUUAUUGCUUCUUAAUGAUGUAUGCCCAGUCAAAGGGUACAUACUAUGUGCAGCUGGAGGAUGAUAUUGUGGCUAAACCCAACUAUUUGAGCACAAUGAAGAACUUUGCCCUUCAGCAGCCCUCUGAGGAGUGGAUGAUUUUAGAAUUCUCCCAGCUUGGCUUCAUUGGAAAGCUUUUCAAGUCUCUGGACCUUAGUAUGAUUGUCGAGUUUAUCCUCAUGUUUUACAAAGACAAGCCCAUUGAUUGGCUCCUGGACCACAUCCUGUGGGUGAAAGUGUGCAAUCCAGAAAAAGAUGCUAAACAUUGCGAUCGGCAAAAGGCAAAUCUUCGAAUACGAUUUAAACCUUCACUGUUCCAACACGUAGGAACCCACUCAUCGUUGGCAGGAAAAAUUCAGAAGCUAAAGGACAAAGACUUUGGGAAGCAAGCUCUACGCAAGGAGCAUGUCAAUCCAGCUGCUGAGGUCAGCACUAGUUUAAAAACUUACCAACAUUUUACCUUGGAGAAGGCUUACCUGAGGGAAGACUUCUUCUGGGCAUUCACACCAACUGCAGGAGACUUUGUACGCUUCAGGUUCUUCAAGCCCUUACGGGUGGAAAGGUUCUUUUUCCGCAGUGGAAAUAUAGAGCACCCUGAGGAUAAGCUUUAUAACACAACAGUGGAGAUUCUCCCUUUUGAUAGUCUCCAGUCUGACAAAGAAGCUUUACACGAAGGUAGAGGGAAGCCAUCUAAAUAUCACAGAACACCAGAUGGAUACUUUCAAAUAGGAUCAUUUAACAAGGGCAUAGCAGAAGGAGAAGUGGAUCCUUCUUUUGGGCCACUUGAAGCACUGCGCCUUUCUAUUCAGACGGAUUCUCCUGUAUGGGUUAUUUUGAGUGAGAUAUUUAUUAAAAAAGCAGACUGAUCUUUUAUGGACCAAGCUGUCACGUGCUGCUCUGCUCUUGUUUCUCUCCCAUAGUUCUGCUAUCACGAGAGAACCACACAAGGUCAGUAUUGAACAGAAGCAUUAUCCACAUUAUCCAAAGUGCAACGGAAGCACUUAACUGGUUUCUGUCAAGGCUCCCAGAAUGCUCUGCUGCUCAUGAAGGGGCAGUUGUCUUCUCCUAUGCCACUUGUCACCACUUCCUCCAACAGUGAGGAGAAAAAUCCCAGUGAGACCGUCUUCUCAGCGACUUCAAACCAUCAUUGAUGGCCCGCUUUUUCCUUUGAGAGUGGAUUUUAUAAAGUAAUCAUCCUCCAUGGAAAGCACAAACAUAGUAAACUUUGGACACCAAAGCAUUGCUUUCUGCCUUGGAUAUACAUGUGGAAAUGUUCUCAUGUGCCGAUGGAUUGAGGGGAGUGGGGAUACACUUGUUCAAAAAAAAGUUUUUCUCUGAAACACGUUUGGUGUCUGACUUUUUCUUUGGACCCUUCCAGCACUGAAGUAGUUCAUGGCCUUUUGUUAUUUAUUUGCUGUGAGCAAUUUAGACUACUUUGUUCUCUUGUUCUUCUGUUUGUUUAUUUUGUUUUUUGAAUGAUCUAUGCCAUUGAGAUGAGAUACUCAGCAGGCCAGAAAAAAGAGUACUU